AUGAGCCAGGGACAAGAUUCUGUUGAGCACCCCACGUCACCGCCCGUGUUCAAUAAUCGAGAGGAGGAAUGGUGGACAUUUCUCACGCCCGAGAAGAGACAAAAGAUGGAAUUGUUAUGUCCAGUCGAUAAUGGCGAUGUUUCCGGUCCGGGCUGGUUUUGCACCGAUCGACUUAGUUUCAACGCGUUCAAGCUACUGUGUAACUCCCCGGAAAAGGUCAAACUCAAAGCGGACAGAGACUUUGGCUUGGGCUCACGUCGGAUGCUGUCGCUGCAUGUAGACAUGCUCACUCCACUGGAGAGGCUGCCUGCAGAGCUUUGGCUAACUGUUGUCACGUUAUUGCAACCUGAAGAACUCAUAGCCCUUGGACUUUGCUCCCGGACUCUUUGGAGCCUCGCAGUCACUUAUGCGCAGGGAGGCUACUCCCGGUGGAAAGAUGCCUACUCCUGGGUCAAUACUCCACUCAUCUGUGCGGGAUCGAAACUCAAUGCCCUUCCGAGAUCCGUAUACAACAUUGGCGCUGCAGAAGUCACAGGCGAAGUGCCGUUUUGGGGUAUCCCUGUCGCGGAGCAACACGAGGGUAUAUAUUACUGGUAUCAUAAGGCUAUUGCACCAUACCAGGAAAUCCCUUGUCCAUAUGUUGGUCUCUAUUCAAAAGCCUUUUCAGAGCAGAUUCGAUCAGCCGGUAUCCCAGAAACCCUGCAUAGUUCGAUGGAAGCAUCCCUGCCGACUUUGAACGUCGAAAUUGGUAGCAAGUGGUAUUUGUGCAAUUUAAGCCAGAAAGAGUACAUAUGCAUGGAAGGAGUGGUCGCACGCAAAGGGGAAGCCACAGUAUGUCUGAAGGGAACACAUUGGCUUACUCUAGAUAUACUGCUGUUGUGGUUGAUCAUUUGGAAAGGCGAGGAGGGUACACAAGAUGUUUGGUCUUGGAAGGAGCUUGAGACCUUUGUGGGAUUUCCAGAUGAAAAGCUGGAAGACACCUUGAUGGAUCCAACCUACGGUCCCCUCGACGACAAAUUCUGGCCCAUGUGGACUGGCGCCUGGGCUGGCCAUCGUCUAGAGGUUGUCACUGAGAAGAAACUCGAUGAAGGCUGGGUCGACCGAACCAGUAAUAUUGACUCAUUGGCCAACAAAAUGAUGCGACUUUUCUAUGGACUUUCAAUUGCAGAGGGGUCCCAGUAG